AUGGGCGCGCUGCUCAUCAGCGUGGUCGUGCUUUACUACUUCACCCGUUACCCGAAUGACCCUGCCUACCUCAAAUUGCUGGUGGCUGCGGUCACGACGUCGGACACGAUCCACCAGGCGUUGAUCACCCACUCCGUCUAUUGGUACUUGGUUACCGAGUACGGAAACCCAAAAGCGCUAACCAUGCUGGUCAAGACCAUCCUGGUUGAAGUAGUCGUCCAGGGUUUCACAGGGUUCCUUGUUCAAGGGUUCUUCACCAUGCGCGUAUGGAAGUUGAGCAAGGGCAAGCUGUACCUCGUCAUCCCUGUUGCCGCCAUGGUCCUUACUGAGCUCGGUAUGACGCUGGCGUACGGCAUCAUAUCUCUCUCGCGGCUCGAGACAUUCGCUGAUCUUGCUCAGAUCAAGAGCGUCUCGGCAUGCAUGAAUGUUUUUGCUGCUGUGCCGGAUGUCACUAUUGCUGCUAUCUUGUGUACAAUCCUCCACCGGUCGCGCACGAGGUUUUCAAAGUCGAACACGCUCAUCAACAGGCUGAUCGCGUUUUCCAUCAACACUGGUCUCUUGACGAGUGUUUGCGCGUGUAUCUCGCUCAUCACGUUCUUCGCCCUCCCGAACACGUUCGUUUACAUAUGCUUCUUCUUCCUGAUUGGUCGUCUUUACUCCAACUCUCUCAUGGCGACGCUGAACGCUCGCAAGAGCCUCCGUGACGGCUCGAGCAACGAGGCCUCCAUCUCGCUCCGGGACGUUCACGGCACUACGGGGACAAACCUCGCUCACUACAACGUCUCUCGCGCUGAAGGCAUCGCCAUCCGGAUUGACACGACUAAGGACAUGAAGCGCGAUCCUGGUUCGGAGACCGAUGUCAUACAAGACAACGAGUCUGCGCAGUACGACCAUCAAACAAAGCAGGUCAUGGCCGUCUGA